CUCAUUCAGUCAAUUCGACAGUUCAUUCUUUUCACAUUCAUCCACCCUUCAUCGACUGAAGCGGAUACCAUUCUUUUACACCUUCGUUGAUCUCGAAGCUUAUCUUGAACGCCAUUCUUUCCAAUAACCCGAUUUUCAACCACCAGAUCAUCAACCAUGCCUUCCAAGAUCCAGAUCGCUGCCAUCCUCGGUGCUGUUGCUGCCUCCGUCAGCGCUCACGGUCACCUUUCGGACAUCAAGGUCGACGGCACUGACUACACUGCCUAUGACCCCUCGUUCCAGUACCAGAACCCCGCCCCCGAGGUCAUCGAGUGGUCCUGCCCCGAGUGUCUCGACAACGGCUUCGUCGACCCCACCAUGUACACCGAUGUGACCAAGAUUGCUUGCCACAAGGACGCCACCGCUGGUGCAAAGGUCGCCAAGGUCGCUGCUGGAGGCACCGUUAACAUCCAGUGGAACACCUGGCCCGACUCCCACGUCGGCCCUGUCAUUGACUACAUGGCCAAGGUCGACGAUGCUACCUCUGCUAAGGCUGCCGACUUGAAGUUCUUCAAGAUCGAUGCUGCCGGUUACGAGGGUGGCCAGUGGGCUGCUACCAAGCUUAUCAAGAACAACCUGACCUGGUCCGUCACUGUCCCCAGCUCUAUCGCUGCCGGUCAGUACGUUCUCCGUCAUGAGAUCAUCGCUCUUCACUCGGCUGGCCAGGACAAUGGUGCCCAGAACUACCCCAAGUGCAUCAACCUAGAGGUCACUGGCUCCGGCACCGAAAACCCCGAGGGUAUUACCGCCGACAAGUUCUACACCCCUACCGACCCCGGCAUCAAGGUCAACAUCUACUCUGGCGACAUGUCCGGCUACGAGAUUCCCGGUCCCGCUCUUUUCAGCGGUGCCAGCUCCGGCUCCAGCUCCGGCUCCAGCUCCGGCUCGAGCUCAUCUGUAGCUCCUGCCAGCUCCACCUCGGCUACCCCUACUGCCACUCCCUCCGUUGCCGCCCAGAACAACGCUGCCUCUACUCCUGUUGCUUCUGCCACCCCUACUGCUGCCGAACCUGCUUACGCCUCUGCUGCUCCUUCGUCUACUGGCAGCCCUGAUGCUCUCCCCAAGACCUUCACCAUUGAGACGUUCGUCUCCUGGCUGGAGAAGAACGCUGGCUCCACCAGCUCUAAGGCCCGCCGCCACUCCCGCGCUUUCCGCGGUUAAAUUAGCAGCAUGUUGAAAAACAUGCUCUAAGUGGCUACUUGUACACAUCACGUGGAUUGAUGAUUAAAGAAGAAAACGGUCUUCAAUUCUUGUACCUACCCUUUAUAUAGUCGAAACGGCCUGUGCUCUUCGCCUCUUAACUUCGUUGUACACUCAAAUACAGCGUGAAUGUUUCUAUCCUCCAUGAGUGAAUUGUUGUCACACGACUGGUGUUCGACACAGUCAUUCUCAGUACUAGACUAACAACGUUUCCACCCUGCCGUACAUUACCGCUGCAUUCCCCAGCCUUGUCUUAUCCCACUCAAGAUAAUGCCACCCAUGUCUCAGUAAGCAGCUUCACGACUCCCGGGUCACAGUCUUAGACUUCUCGGUGCUGUCAUUCCGCGUGGUUUCUGCAACCUCAUAGUGGCCCUCCACUCCAUCGAAAGUGUACAACGGCGUGAGUGUCGCGGACUUAUCAAACAUAACCCAGCGCUUCCACCACCAGGGGA